CAGUUUCACGACUGUGUUCAUUUGCCAGCUUCGCGAGGAUUUUCCGCCAACGUUGCGGCUGCGUGCUGUGCGUUGUCUCCGCGUGUCUCUGCUCGUAACGUUCAUUUCGAAUUACAAAGUCUAGCGGCGCAUUUGUACGCUGUCUAAUCAUGGCAGCGGCAGCGACCAACACCGGAGAGAAAGAAAAGAAGCGGAAAGAGAGCAUCGUCGACCUCUCCAAGUACCUGGACAAAGCCAUUCGCGUCAAGUUCCAAGGUGGUCGUGAGGCCACAGGCAUCCUCAAAGGUUACGACCCGCUCUUGAACCUGGUCAUCGACAACGCCACGGAGUUCCUGCGAGACCCCGACGACCCGUACAAGCUCACCGACGACACGAGAACGCUCGGACUGGUGGUGUGUCGUGGGACGGCGGUGGUUGUGAUCUGUCCCGUUGACGGCAUGGAAUCCAUACCCAACCCCUUCGUGCAACAUGAUGGCUGAGAUGAAAGCCUGUGCUGUUUCAUAAUGCAUAGCAUGUUUCUGUUUGCUCAUCCGAUCUGAAUGGUGCGACUGCUUUAUCAUCUUUAUGUUUAUGCGUGCGCGCGUGUGUGAAUAAAUGAUCGCACACUUACCUCAUUGAUCAAA